AUGUCACCAACAUCCUCACAUACUCUGCUAUCCUACGCUCGACAGGCUGAGUCCCAGUUUGGGCCCCCUUCAGAGCCCAUCAACGUCGCGGAAUUCAUCCUCUCCUGCGUUGAUUCUCCUCUUCCAGACGUUGGCAACCUCGACGAACUGUUGAACGACCUGUCGUCAGAGGAGAAGCAGGCACUUGAGGAGGACUGCGAUGUCAGCGAAGUCAAAGACGCCCUUCAGACUACUUGGAACCAUGUCCCGAAUAGCUAUUACCUCAACAAGUCGCAAGCGGAUAUCUUCAGCGAGAUCGCUGGCCGUGCGCCUAAAGGUGGUGUGGACAUAUCUGAUGAGCCAGCCAUUCGGCUGCUUCAGGAGAACAUCGACGGUGCCACCCUAGAGUCCCUGAGACUAGAUUCCCGUGCUCAGGCGUUCAUUCGCCCCGCAAAGAACACCGACUACAACGCCAUUUCCAACAUUAAAGCCAUGUCUUCGCAGCUUUGUCCGUAUAGGCCUGACGAGGCUGUUAUCACUAUCUCGGUCUAUAGCAAGUUCAAGCACAACCCAAGCUACCUCGAGCGGGUAUCGCAACACUGCUUGUUGUCGUGGCAGACGCUCGAAGACUUGGUGCAAACGUUUCCUUGCCCCUCACGCGAGCUUGUGCGCACGAACACGACGCCCGACUCGCCUCGGCCUGGUCAUGUCAUUUGCAUAAAUGGUCUUGCGUACGGCGACGGGCGAAGCGAGAACGAUUACGCUAGCAAGUUCGUCGAGCAUCUGCGCAAAACAUCACAGGACGGCUUCUAUCCUAUUACGAAGGCUCCAACAAAGACCUGGGAUACGCGGUUAGACGAUCUUACCCUGCGAAUAAACGAGCCAUACUUCAUCCUGCACGAGGGGAACUGCGAGCACUAUGCCGUGGUGGAUGAGAUACGCAUGCGCCAUCCUCAAGACCCCGUUGUGGGUUAUCCCAUCACAAUCCACCUGAUGCGCAUCCUGCCUACGAACUGUAAGGCCUGCGGCAACGUGCAGCCGCUUUGGUCGAUCCUAGGCGACGUGAGGCUUGGCGAGUCACCAUGUCUGCUUUGCGAUCCUUGUUGGAAGGCCAUGGGGCAUCUUGGCGAUCCAAAUAUCUUCGUCGUGCCCUUGCCGGUGCACGUAUCUGGAUGGUAA